AUGCCUAUGCCUUCAAAGCAACAAUUAUUGCUGAGGCUUGCUAAGCGAGAGAACCACAGCUGGGACCAUCUCCUUGGUGUAUGGAAUGCCAUAUAUGACUUCUUCAAACCGAUACUAGAACGAGAGAUCCUUGAUCUUGAAGAGAAUGGCACAUGGACGAGACUCGGAAAAAUGCGCAACAAACCAAACUUCCCUGAGGAACAAGUGUUGGCUGCGAAACUUUCGAAGAAACAAGUCCAAAGCAUGAUAGGAAGUGUUAUCUUGCAUAUUACAAACAAGGAGUUGGAGGACCGAUUUGAAACUCUCAGUCUAUCGACAAAUCGUGAAGAAGAUGGUGAUGCCUUGAAUGACACUUUUCAGAUUGCCUCUGCACACCAGCCAGCAGAACUGGGGAUUUCAACGACAGUUCUUCCAAAGCAGCAGUGUUUUUCAAGACUUGCUGAAUCUCAGGAUCGCAAAUGGGAUGAUCUUUUGAACGCAUGGGAUGCAGUAGAGACUUCAGAAAUGGCGAUGCAAAUACUAUUACCUUGGGAACAAGUGGUGGCUCUCAAUCUCUCGGCUGAUGAAGUCAAUCUUUUGAUGAGAAGUAUUUGCUACCAUAUUGCAACCAUGGGGUUUGAGCUUGGUCAAGGUCUUCAUGAGACUGUCAGUCUGCCAGUGAAGCGCUCAAGAGAUAAAGAUGCGUCAGACAACGAUUUUGAGAUUGUCCAUACCCCUAAACCGGUCCCCAAACGAGCAAGAGCCGAUCCGGAAAGAAAAUGCCUACCAAUAACGACAAAAGUAUACUUUAUGGAAGAAGACAACGAGGACAUCCGCACUGGAAUCAUGGUCACUCUCCUAUCGAACGCAAACCCAGAGAACGAUCACCUCGAUAUCAAGACACUCCGCUACGGCAACGCAACCCGUCACCUUGCCAAACGAGGCACCUUCAAAAAGCACAAGCAUCAACUGUUCUAUUACGAUUUGGAGAAUCCUAGAGUAAGGAUCAACGUUGACACAGCUGCCUCAUUCCGUGCCGCUGUGGAAGAGAUGGCCGCCUAUCGACAGUCGGAGCCUCGCAUUCAGUUUUGCUUUCGGGAGAAAGAUGCGUUGACAGGUAGCACAAAUACACCAAUUACCCCAGUCUCGGACGCAAGUUUUCAGCCACCAACAGGGCCUAGAUCGUGGUAUUCUACCGUGAACAGAAAGAUCGAUUUUCGCAGUAGUAAUCCGCGAUACCCACACUGA